UGUUCCAGGCUCCGGCUUUAGAUGGCUGUGUCUCUCAAGCCUUCAAGCCUAUGCUUAAGUCUCUUGUUACCCCAAAUUAGAGCACCAUUGAGUUGGGGAUUUUGAAGCUGUGGUAGAAUUUGCCACCAGUUCACCCAGAGAGCGAAGGCGCCAGAGCUUCGCACCAGGUGGGGAAAGCAGCCAAACCUGCACUUUCCUGGGGUUGGGCCACUGUGUGGUGUGGCCAUAUUUCUCCGCAGGUUGCAGGAUGAACUCCAUCAGUCUUUUAGGCUGGAGGAAAGUCAAGGCCCCCUAGUGAUAAUGGGAGGAGGCUGUAAAAAUUCACAUACAGCCUGUUCUUGUGGACAUGGCCAAGGGUAGUCAUCUGGCCAGCUUUCUUUUGGUAAAGGUACUAAGGGAGGCUCCCAUUCCUGCAGAAUGGAUGGAACAAACACUGCAAGUGGUUGGGCUUGUUUUCAGAGAGCUUUGAUAUCCAGAGAUGAGCACACGCAGGGGCUGGGGCCUGAUACAGAUCCACAACAAGGCCAAGUCACUUUUAGUGCCUGGGGUCGAGGUUGGCCGGAGGAGACACGAUGCCUGCAUUCGAACUGACAACCAGUAAAAAGGCUGUCAGGAAAUGCAACAGCAGAAGAUGGCACCAGUAAUAAGAAACCGAAUCCUGAGAAUCUUAAAGUGCUAAGAAUAUUAUGUUCCAAGAAAAUUUGGUAGAGAACAGACCUUUCUCAAAAGUCAAAGGGAGGAGAUAGGUGGCCUAGAGUGAGCUGCAAUCAGUGCUUUCAGUAGCAGGACCCAUGGUGUUUGAUGCUAACCCCUAGGGCAAAAGCUGAUCUUUUAGGUUAAUCAACAAACAUUUCUUGGCCAUUUACCCUGUGCCAGGCCUUUUGCCGGGUUCUGGGAAUUCAGCAGGAAAGAAGUCUGACACACUGGCUGCCCUUUAGUGAAGGAGGCAUUUUAAGUAAACAAUGACAGUGUGAUGUCAUAAGUGCCACAGUGGUGGAGCACAGCAUAAGGCCACUGGGCACCGCAGCCUGAGGGAAUAAUACCUGAACAGAAAGAGAGAAGCAGUAAAUGAACCCUGUGGCGGGGGGUGGGUAAUGUGCUCCUCAUUGUUGGUCUCCUGUUACCCCAAAUGUGGCCACCAUUGAGUUUGGGAUUUUGAAGAGAACUAAAAGAAGCUCAGUCUAGGCCAGGUGUGGUGGCUCAGGCCUGUAAUCCCAGCACUUUGGGAGGCCAAGGAGGGUGGAUCACCUGAGGCCAGGAGUUCGAGACCAGCCUGGCCAACAUGGUGAAACCCCGUCUCUACUAAAAGUAGAGAAAAUUAGCCGGGCAUGAGGGUGCACACCUGUAAUCCCAACUACUCGGGAGGCUGAGGCAGGAUAAUCGCUUGAACCCAGGAGGUGGAGGCUGCAGUGAGCUAAGAUUGUGCCACUGCACUCCAGCAUGAGCGACAGAGUGAGACUCCAUCUCAAAAAAAAAAAAAAAAAAAAAAAGGCUCAAUCUAGUUCAACUUAGGAGUUUGAGUGUUGUGUUCAGAAACAAUAAGCAGGAGGAGGUCACAUCUUACCCUAAGAGGAGCACAGUCAUUGGAGAAGGGUGGUGCAGGUCAGAUCCAUGAUUGAGAACGGUCCCUCUGCUACUGCAUGGAGACCGUGUUGGGGAGGGGGCAGGGGCGUGCAAGGUGGGCUGGGCUCAGGAGCCCCCAGAAGAGAAUGUUGUUGGGACUUGUGAGAAAUCUGGUGUCCUGGCCAGGGUGGCAGCAGUGGGAUGAAAAAACGAUGGAUGGAUUUGGAAGUCAGAAUCAGCAAAAUUUGGCCAAGCGAGCAGUACAGCGGGGAGCUACUGCAGUCAUCUUUGAUGUGUCUGAAAACCCAGAAGCUAUUGAUCAGCUGAACCAGGGCUCUGAAGACCCGCUCAAGAGGCCAGUGGUGUAUGUGAAGGGUGCAGAUGCCAUUAAGCUGAUGAACAUCGUCAACAAGCAGAAAGUGGCUCGAGCAAGGAUCCAGCACCGCCCUCCUCGACAACCCACUGAAUACUUUGACAUGGGGAUUUUCCUGGCUUUCUUCGUCGUGGUCUCCUUGGUCUGCCUCAUCCUCCUUGUCAAAAUCAAGCUGAAGCAGCGACGCAGUCAGAAUUCCAUGAACAGGCUGGCUGUGCAGGCUCUGGAGAAGAUGGAAACCAGAAAGUUCAACUCCAAGAGCAAGGGGCGCCGGGAGGGGAGCUGUGGGGCCCUGGACACACUCAGCAGCAGCUCCACGUCCGACUGUGCCAUCUGUCUGGAGAAGUACAUUGAUGGAGAGGAGCUGCGGGUCAUCCCCUGUACUCACCGGUUUCACAGGAAGUGCGUGGACCCCUGGCUGCUGCAGCACCACACCUGCCCCCACUGUCGGCACAACAUCAUAGAACAAAAGGGAAACCCAAGCGCGGUGUGUGUGGAGACCAGCAACCUCUCACGUGGUCGGCAGCAGAGGGUGACCCUGCCGGUGCAUUACCCCGGCCGCGUGCACAGGACCAACGCCAUCCCAGCUUACCCUACGAGGACAAGCAUGGACUCCCACGGCAACCCCGUCACCUUACUGACCAUGGACCGGCACGGGGAGCAGAGCCUCUAUUCCCCGCAGACCCCCGCCUACAUCCGCAGCUACCCACCCCUCCACCUGGACCACAGCCUAGCCGCUCACCGCUGCGGCCUGGAGCACCGGGCCUACUCCCCAGCCCACCCCUUCCGCAGGCCCAAGUUGAGUGGCCGCAGCUUCUCCAAGGCAGCUUGCUUCUCCCAGUAUGAGACCAUGUACCAGCACUACUACUUCCAGGGCCUCAGCUACCCGGAGCAGGAGGGGCAGUCCCCACCUAGCCUCGCGCCCCGGGGCCCGGCCCGUGCCUUUCCUCCCAGCGGCAGUGGCAGCCUGCUCUUCCCCACCGUGGUGCACGUGGCCCCGCCCUCCCACCUGGAGAGCGGCAGCACGUCCAGCUUCAGCUGCUAUCACGGCCACCGCUCGGUGUGCAGUGGCUACCUGGCCGACUGCCCAGGCAGCGACAGCAGCAGCAGCAGCAGCAGCUCCGGCCAGUGCCACUGUUCCUCCAGUGACUCUGUGGUAGACUGCACUGAGGUCAGCAACCAGGGCGUGUACGGGAGCUGCUCCACCUUCCGCAGCUCCCUCAGCAGCGACUAUGACCCCUUCAUCUACCGCAGCCGGAGCCCCUGUCGUGCCAGUGAGGCGGGGGGCUCGGGCAGCUCGGGCCGGGGACCUGCCCUGUGCUUCGAGGGCUCCCCGCCUCCCGAGGAGCUCCCGGCGGUGCACAGUCAUGGUGCUGGUGGGCGGGGCGAGCCUUGGCCGGGCCCUGCCUCUCCCUCGGGGGAUCAGGUGUCCACCUGCAGCCUGGAGAUGAACUACAGCAGCAACUCCUCCCUGGAGCACAGGGGGCCCAAUAGCUCUACCUCAGAAGUGGGGCUCGAGGCUUCUCCUGGGGCCGCCCCUGACCUCAGGAGGACCUGGAAGGGGGGCCACGAGUUGCCGUCGUGUGCCUGCUGCUGCGAGCCCCAGCCCUCCCCAGCCGGGCCUAGCGCCGGAGCAGCUGGCAGCAGCACCUUGUUCCUGGGGCCCCACCUCUACGAGGGCUCUGGCCCGGCGGGUGGGGAGCCCCAGUCAGGAAGCUCCCAGGGCCUGUACGGCCUUCACCCCGACCAUUUGCCCAGGACAGAUGGGGUGAAAUACGAGGGCCUGCCCUGCUGCUUCUAUGAAGAGAAGCAGGUGGCCCGCGGGGGCGGAGGGGGCAGCGGCUGCUACACUGAGGACUACUCGGUGAGUGUGCAGUACACGCUCACCGAGGAGCCCCCGCCCGGCUGCUACCCCGGGGCCCGGGACCUGAGCCAGCGCAUCCCCAUCAUUCCAGAGGAUGUGGACUGUGAUCUGGGCCUGCCCUCGGACUGCCAAGGGACCCACAGCCUCGGCUCCUGGGGUGGGAGGCGAGGCCCGGAUACCCCACGGCCCCACAGGGGCCUGGGAGCAACCCGGGAAGAGGAGCGGGCUCUGUGUUGCCAGGCUAGGGCCCUGCUGAGGCCUGGCUGCCCUCCGGAGGAGGCGGGUGCUGUCAGGGCCAGCUUCCCUAGUGCCCUCCAGGACACUCAGGAGUCCAGCGCCACGGCCACUGAGGCUGCAGGACCGAGAUCUCACUCAGCAGACAGCAGCAGCCCGGGAGCCUGAGCUCAGGAGGAACUCUUACCUGGAAAUUGGGAACUGUAUGGAGACUCCAAACUGACUUCUUUCAAAAAACAAAAACAAAAAAAUUUUUUAGCUUUGACACACAAAAGUGGUAAUAAAGAGAGCCCUCCUUAUCAACCCAAAAUGUGAGCCCCCUGUGGCAAAACCACCCCCUACCCCAUUAACAAAUCAACAGACAAAA